AGUGCGCACACUCUGGCUCAAGCUGGCAGAGCGGACGCGAGUCCUGGGCAUCUCUGGCAGGCCCAUCACCUUUGUGCAGUGACCGAUGGCUGCUCUUAUUCUGGCCUUUGUGGCCGUCGUGCUGAGAUGCGCUGGUGCUGCGAGACCGAAUGUCGUGCUACUCGUUUUCGACGACCUCGGUUGGGCCGACGUUGGUUACCAUGGGGGUAAUUUCCCAACGCCAAACAUCGACCGGCUCGCAUCGGAUGGGGUUAAGUUGGAACGGAUGUAUGUGAUGCCGCAAUGUUCGCCGACCCGUGCGGCCAUCAUGACCGGGCGAUACAGUUUCCGGACGGGCUUGCAGCAUUUCGAAACCAUCAUGCCUGGGUCAUCGCCUGGUUUGCCUGACGACUCCAAAACACUGGCACAGGUCUUCCAGGACGCUGGCUACGCUACUCACAUGAUCGGAAAGUGGCAUUUGGGGUACUCGAUGUGGAGUCAAAGCCCGCUCGGCAAAGGCUUCGAUACUUUCUACGGCUACAUGCAGGGUCAGGUCGACUACUACAAUCGCACAAUCCCCACUUGCGGCCCAAACCUCUGCGUAUACCCACUGAAUCGGCCUUUCUCCUCGAAGUUCGGGCCAGCUGCGGACGGGUACGACUUCUGGGACGGCAGGACGCCCGUGACCGAGGAUUUCGGGAAGUACACCGUUGACAAGUACGAGGCCCGCCUCGACGAGGUGCUUUGUCCGUACGGCGGCACCAGCCCUCCGUCGAAGCCUUUCUUCUUGUAUUUCGCUGAGCAGCAGGUGCACAUUCCCCUGCAGGCCCCACCAGACGCUAGGCACAUGGAGGCAUGCAGCGGCGUGGUCGGUGGCACACGCAGCGUGAAUCGCACGGUGCUCUGCUCCAUGGCCAGUCGCUUGGACGAGUCCGUCGGCCGCCUUGAGGCACUCCUAAAGAAGAACGGCGUGUGGAACGAGACGCUGAUCUUUGCCGUCGCCGACAACGGAGGCAUGACGCAGUGGAGCCCCGACUGGCCUGCCUCGGCGAGCAGCAACUGGCCGCUGCGGGGGGGCAAGACGACGCUCUUCGAGGGGGGGGUCCGCGUCCCCGCGUUCCUGAGCGGGGGUGCCCUGCCCACGGCCGCCCGCGGCCGGACGAGCGAGCAGCUGCUGCACGCGACCGACAUCCUGCCGACCCUGGCCGGCUUCGCCGGCAUCCCUGUCCCUUCGCGGCACGACGGCGUCGACGCAUGGUCCGCCGUCGUCCACGGCGGCACGCCGUGCCGGACGGAGAUCCCCCUGAACAUCGGCAGGAAUCCACUCGGGGGCCUGCCCUGGCUCGUCACCCGCCUGGCCCACGACGGCGCCACGAACUACUCGGCACUGAUCUCGUGGCCCUGGAAGGUCCUCGUGGGUGCCCCCUACAUCGAGUUCGGUACCCUCCUCCCCACCAGGGCGAAAGAGUCUCGCCGGGACGGGUACUGGGGCGUUGAGCCCUACAAUUACACGGCUCCGGACGAGGACUUGGAUCUGCCGGUCAGGCUCUACAACUUGGAGCAGGACGAGGCCGAGCACCACAAUUUGGCCAAUAGCUCUGAGUAUCAGGUGGUCUUGAAGAAGCUCGUAUCCAGGGUCGAAUGGUACGCGUCGAAGGACAAUGGUUGGGUCCAGCCCCAAUCGAACGUGCCGUGGCAGCGCGCGAACCCAAUGUUCCACUCCUGGACGUGGGCACCCUUCCGCUCAGGCCCAGCGGACACCCUGGACGAGGUGGAGGCGAGCGAAGACGUCGCCGUCGUGGUCUAGGCGGCUACCCGUCAGGCAUAUCUAUUGGAGGUUGGAGGGGUGAGAUCGAAGUGAAGCGGAGUCCCCCGGCUGGGAAAGUCUGUUUCGAUGUCGCCUCGUGCCGCCCGAGUUGUGCGAGCUGGCGAGGCGAGUCUGCGCGGCUUCCCGCUUCAGCCAGGCCCAGCUCACGCCAGAACGAGCCACGGUCCCACCCGCCAGGGCGUGCCCAGGCUGUGCCCGCGGUCGUCCCGCGGUUGUCCCGUGGUUGGUCGGUGUUUCGCGCGAAUUUCUUGGUUUCGCGCGGGACACCCCUCCCGACACCCCUUCGCAGAGCGCGCCGGAGGCGAGGCUCGAGUUGCCGCCCAGUGGUGCUGGGGCGGGGUCCAAUGCCGACGGAAGAAAGUCACGCGGGCCUGAUGCUUGCGUACUUACUGCCGGCUCUUCUUAUCUCAUAAUCAUCGCUUCUUGUUGUAUUCUAAGAAAGUUUCGUGUUAGGCCUAUAGGAAUGCCGGGACGGUCGGUCCCAGCUGAAAGAUCGUGCGUCUUUGUUCUACGGGUUGACCGUGUCGCAGAGCCGACAGCCGGCUGUCGGAGCACGCACCACGGGCGCGGCAGACCAGGCUGCCCGUGGCGGUGCCGAGCAGGCCCAGGCGGCCACACCGCCCGCAGGCAGCCGCCGCUUCUCGCCGGCCUCGGCGCGGCGGCGCGGGGCUGCCCGAAGUGGUGGUGGUGUCGCUGUGGCCCCGGCCACCGGCGAGCGGCUGGGCGUGCCUCCAAGCCGUCACGCUUUGGCACACGGCAUCGCGCCGCAGCUGUCCUGAGAUGCAGAGUGCGACACCCGCCCAUUGGGGAAGCGGGACCUGAGGCCCUUUUGCUACAGCCCCACGUGGGCGGCCUUCAGAGAGUCGCCGGGCGUGCUGCGUUUGUCUGCUCUGGCGUGCCGCGCCUGCUUGCGCGCCCGCGCCCAGGACCCCCAAGCGGCAUCGGCCUGCGCCCGCGAAGAGGGGGGGGCGAGGAGUCGCACG